AUGCGGCCACCACGAGCCUCAGUCGCCCGCGUGUGUCUCACUGCGCUGCUAGCACUGACCCCGUUAACAGCCGCCUACGACCUGGAUCCCGACUCGCGAGAGUCGAUCCUUGACGUCGCAAAAGACAUGGCCACGGACAUGAUGACAUUUUACACCGGAAAUAAACCCGGGGCACGCCCGGCUAUAUUCCCCUGCCAUACUACUGGUGGGAAGCGGGCCGUCUUCAACACGCAGGCCGCCCGCUGGAGCACCGAGUACUGCAACGGCGGGCUACGGUGGCAGAUUUUCGAGUGGAACAACGGCUUCGACUACAAAAACACCAUUUCCCAGGCCUGCUUCUUCUCCCUAGGCGCCCGCCUCGCCCUCUACACGGGCAACAAGACGUACGCCGAGUGGGCCGAGAAGACGUGGGACUGGACCUCGGGCGUGGGCUACAUCGACGACAAGUGGAACGUGUACGACGGCGGCUACAUCAACGACAACUGCACCGAGCUGACCCCGUACCAGUGGACGUACAACAUUGGCGGGUUCCUCUUGGGCGCGGCCGCCAUGUACAACUACACAGAGGACGAGAAAUGGAAGGACCGCAUCGACGGCCUCCUCACCGGCUCGGAAAAGUUCUUCAAGGGCGACAAUCGCGACAUCAUGACCGAGGUGGCAUGCGAGUCCGUCGAUAGGUGCAAUAUUGACCAGCAGUCCUUCAAAGCCUACUUUAGCCGAUGGCUCGCCAACGUCGUCAAGUGGUACCCCGGCGCCGCCGAGAAAGUCAUGCCGUGGCUGCGCGCGUCGUCCGUCGCCGCCGCCAGCCAGUGCACCGGCGGCGACAACGGUCGCAUGUGCGGGCUCAAGUGGAGCAGCGGCAGCACCUGGGACGGCACGACGGGGCUGGGCCAGCAGAUGGCCGCCCUCGAAGUCACCCUCGCCAACCUCAUCGAGGAAUCGCGCGCCCCCGCCGACAUCGUGUUCAAGCCGAUCACGACGGGCGAUCGCGCGGGCGCCGGUAUUCUCACGGCCGCCGUCCUCAUCGGGCUCAUCGGCGGUUGCGCCUUUGUCCUCUCAGAGGACAGCCACGAGAAACAGGUCAAGAGCCAGAGCCUCGGACCCCGCGCUCCCGGGAAAUUUAGCUCGACGCUCGCGUCUCUGGGUAUCGGGACCGGGGCGGCGGGAUUCGUGGGCGGCUUCGGCCACGGCAAGGGAAAGGAACGGCUCGACUCCAACGAAAAAAAGGAUCCCGGCAAUCCAAAACGGAAGGCGCAUUGGACGGGCUCCCGGUAUCUAUAUUCAUAUUCCAUAGAGGGGCCAACAGCUUCGGCGGCAUUCGCCGCCUACGUUGCCGGCAUCGUUGCUGAGACAGGCUAUUCCUACUUCGUACACCCCAAACACCACCUCACCGCUUUCCAUCCGGUCCUUACUCUUUGGGCGUUGCCCCUCGCCUUCGCCGCGCAGAGAGUCUUCCACAGGCGGUACGUCAUCGCAAGAAAGGCGCGCGCGAACGGGUGCAAGCCUGCCAAUGCAUACCCGCAGCGAGACCACCUCCUCGGCAUAGACGUGCUCCUGCGCAUCUUGAGAAGCGUGGCCGAGGGCUCCAUUAUCCAGGAGUGGGGCCGGUGGCACGAGCAGUACGGAAACACCUUCACGACCGAUGUCCUAGGGGCGACGACGUUCUUCAUCAAUGAUCCCGAGAACAUCAAGGCGGUUCUGUCCCGCGACUUUGAGAGCUUUCCAAUCCAGGGCCCAAGGCUCCUCACCACCGUCAUGAUUGUCGGGGAACACUCGAUCCUAUCGUCGAACGGGAAAGCGUGGCACGAUGCGAGGGCCUUGAUCCGGCCUACCUUUGUGCGGAAUCAAGUCUCGGACCUGGCCUGCAUGGACCGCCACCUGGAGCACUUUUUGGCAAAGAUUCCCGCGGAUGGGUCGACCGUUGAGUUGCAGGAGCUGUUCCGAGUUCUCACAAUGGACACGUCAACUGAUUUUAUGUUCGGCCAAUCGACAAAUAUCCUGACGCAGCCGACCCAAGAAGCCAUCGACUUUAGCAAAGCUUUCGAUUUUGGCACUCACGAGGCGGCAAGGAUUUCACGAACCGGGGCGCUCUCGAUUUGUGCCCAAGGCACAGAUGCCUUGAGCAGGAAGGCAACUCCGGAGAGGAGCUACAUCUUCCUCGAUGAGCUAAUCAAGACCGAUGCUACGCAGGACCAGAUCCGGGACCAGAUCCUCGGCCUCAUACUCGCCGGGAGAGAUACUACUGCUAGUGCACUCUCCGUGUCCUUCUGGAUCCUCGCCAGAAGGCCAGACCUCGUCGCCAAGAUUCGGGAGGACAUUGACCCCUUGAAUGGGGAAAAGCCGACCUGGGAGCAGCUCAAGAACAUGCGCAAUCUCAACUUUUUCAUCAAAGAGCACAUCUUUGGUGAGGACGCGGAGGAGUUCCGUCCCGAACGGUGGGAAAAUCUGCGCACCUCAUGGGAGUGGAUCCCCUUUUCUGGCGGCCCACGGAUCUGCAUCGGCCAACAAUUCGCCCUGACGCAACUAUCCUAUACCAUUGUCAAGAUCCUUCAACGAUUCGACACGAUCGAGCCUAGAUCCGACGAACCUUUGAAGCUUAACUAUGGAGUAACCUCAACCAUCGAAGGCGGAUGCCAUGUCGCUUUCACACCAUCGUAA